ACUACUUGGUUUCCCGGCGCCAUAUUAUUUCAAUUGACGAAACCGUCAAUCGCGCACGUUUUCCGAGUGUUCAACUAGAUAAAUCUUCAACUAGGAUAUUAAUUUUACACAAUGGCAACAAAGGCACCAGCAGUGGGCAUUGACCUGGGAACCACCUACUCCUGUGUGGGUGUGUUCCAACAUGGAAAGGUGGAGAUCAUCGCCAACGACCAGGGCAACAGGACCACGCCCUCAUACGUGGCUUUCACAGACACCGAGCGUCUCAUCGGAGAUGCUGCCAAGAACCAGGUGGCGAUGAACCCUAACAACACCAUCUUCGAUGCCAAGCGACUUAUUGGUCGUAAAUUCGAAGAUGCUACCGUCCAAGCCGACAUGAAGCACUGGCCCUUCGAGGUCGUCAGCGAUGGAGGCAAACCAAAGAUUAAGGUCGCUUACAAGGGCGAAGACAAGACCUUCUUCCCCGAGGAGGUGAGCUCAAUGGUGCUCACCAAGAUGAAGGAAACAGCCGAGGCCUACCUCGGUAAAACUGUGCAGAACGCAGUCAUCACGGUUCCAGCUUACUUCAACGACUCCCAGAGACAGGCCACCAAAGAUUCGGGUACCAUCUCCGGCCUGAACGUUCUCCGAAUCAUCAACGAACCGACUGCUGCGGCGAUUGCGUACGGUCUAGACAAGAAGGGAGGCGGAGAACGUAACGUCCUGAUCUUCGAUCUCGGCGGCGGCACCUUCGACGUGUCCAUCCUGACCAUCGAGGACGGCAUCUUCGAGGUCAAGUCCACCGCCGGAGACACGCACUUGGGAGGCGAGGACUUCGACAACCGCAUGGUCAACCACUUCGUUCAGGAGUUCAAGAGGAAGUACAAGAAGGACCUCACCACCAACAAGAGGGCGCUCCGUCGUCUGCGCACCGCCUGCGAGCGCGCGAAAAGAACCCUCUCCUCGUCCACCCAGGCCAGCAUCGAAAUCGAUUCCCUCUACGAGGGCAUCGACUUCUACACGUCGAUCACCCGCGCGCGCUUCGAGGAGCUGAACGCCGACCUGUUCAGAUCCACCAUGGAGCCCGUGGAGAAGUCCCUCCGCGACGCCAAGAUGGACAAGGCCCAGAUCCACGACAUCGUGCUGGUCGGAGGCUCCACCCGCAUUCCUAAGGUGCAGAAGCUCCUGCAGGACUUCUUCAACGGCAAGGAGCUCAACAAGUCCAUCAACCCCGACGAGGCCGUCGCGUACGGCGCCGCCGUUCAAGCCGCCAUCCUGCACGGAGACAAGUCCGAGGAGGUGCAAGACCUGCUGCUGCUCGACGUCACGCCUCUCUCGCUCGGUAUCGAGACCGCCGGCGGCGUGAUGACCACGCUCAUCAAGCGCAACACCACCAUCCCCACGAAGCAGACGCAGACCUUCACCACGUAUUCCGACAACCAGCCCGGCGUGCUCAUCCAGGUGUUUGAAGGCGAGCGGGCCAUGACCAAGGACAACAACCUGCUCGGCAAGUUUGAGCUCACGGGCAUCCCGCCCGCGCCGCGCGGCGUGCCGCAGAUCGAGGUCACCUUCGACAUCGACGCCAACGGCAUCCUCAACGUGUCCGCAGUCGAAAAGUCCACCAACAAGGAGAACAAGAUCACGAUCACCAACGACAAGGGCCGCCUGUCCAAGGAGGACAUCGAGCGCAUGGUCAACGAAGCGGAGAAGUACCGCAACGAGGACGACAAGCAGAAGGAGACUAUUCAGGCGAAGAACGCGCUGGAAUCCUACUGCUUCAACAUGAAGUCGACCAUGGAAGACGCCAACCUCAAGGACAAGAUCACCGACGCCGACAAGCAGACCAUCCUCGACAAGUGCAACGACACCAUCAAGUGGCUGGACUCGAACCAAUUAGCCGACAAGGAGGAGUACGAGCACAAGCAGAAGGAGCUCGAGGGCAUUUGCAACCCGAUUAUCACCAAGCUGUACCAGGGCGCUGGUGGCGCGCCCGGCGGCAUGCCCGGUGGUAUGCCCGGAUUCCCUGGCGGAGCCCCGGGCGCCGGCGGUGCCGCCCCAGGAGGAGGCGCCGGCCCCACCAUCGAGGAGGUCGACUAAACAUUCCACAGUACGCGCGAGAGGUUCUCGAUAAGCAACUAUGUGGCUAUGAGAUUCUCGUAACUCAAUAAAUAAAUUGAAACUUA